ACCUGGAAUGUCCCGGAUGUUUCUCGCUGUCCAAUUAGCGUGAAGGUUGAGCUCCAAGCGUCCAGACUGCUGCAGUCACACCCUCCAUGUUGAGCUGUGACUUCCUGGAUACACAUUGACAACCUGCUGCGGCUCUUCCAAAAAGUCUCACCAAACCGUUAAAAGUCGUUUUUAGAACAGUGGAACAUCUGCUUUAAUGCUGGUGACUGACGACAGGAAUGCCAAUGAUCCAAGUGACAAUUCCAUCCACGGAGAGGGAAGUAGACGAGGCAGGAAAGUCCAAAAAGGUGUUCCGAGUUGAAGUGUUGUUCAAUGAGAGGAAACAUUUUGUGCUCAGAAGAAGCAGCGAAUUCCACACUCUGCACAGAAAAGAAGAUCAUCCAGACCCCUGAUUUCCCCAGUAAAAGAAAUCCUCAUCUGAGGACCAAACCUCUGGAGCAGAGGAGGCAGGAGCUGGAGGAUUACAUCCAGGACAUCAUCUACGCUUAUGAGGACGUGCCGCAGGAGCUGUUAGACUUCCUCCAUGUCAAACAUUAUCACCCAGGCAACAAGAUCAGCAGCAUGGAAUCACUUGAUGAUCUGGACAGUCAGGACAACAGUUUUCAGUUGCCGCAUCAGCGAGUGAUGGCAUUCUUCCAGGAUCCGUACGUGGCCAAUCGCACAUCAGGUCUCCCUGAUGUGGUCGCAGCAGGAGUCCUGCAAGGGUUCUAUCCACGGGGCGUCCGCGUCAGUUUCACAGCCCCCGCCCUUGCCAAGCCUGACCCCGCUGGGAAGGCUGGAGGUCGAUGACUGAGAAGAACCACCAAUGGACCUGAAAGCCAUCACAAUCCACGGAAGGGAGAAGAAGACAAAGGACCGAGGACUUUAUAAAAGUCUUCCAUAAAUCUUUCACGCUUUGACCUCAUGGAUUACUUUUUAGUUGUUUUAAUGAGUCUGCAACAUCUUUUAGCAAAGUACUUUGAACAGAUCUUCAUGUUGAAAGUCUCUAAUGCAGGCAAACAGGACCCACCUAAAUGGAAAUACUCACUGAGUACUAGGAUGAAUCCUGAAUACUGGUCAUUUUGUUUAAAUUAUACUUUUUUUUACACUCCAUAGACUUGGUGUUGAUUUAUAAAUAAAAAUGAAUUUGUAUCACCUAGUGCA